AUGGCUACCGGAAAGCUCGCGACCAACUACCAGGCCUGGCAGCAGCUCGAGAAGCUCUACCAGACCAAGGCGCCCCAGCUCGUCCUCAAGGACCUCUUCGCUGCAGACCCGGAGCGCUUCAAGAAGCUCUCGGUCACCUUCAAGUCCUCCUCUCCUGAUGCUAACAUCCUCCUGGACUACUCCAAGAAUCUCGUCGAUGACGAAGUCCUGAGCGCCCUCUUCGCCCUCGCGCGUGAGGCCAACGUCGAACAGUUCCGUGACGACAUGCUCAAGGGCGAGCACAUCAAUACCUCCGAGGGCCGCGCUGUCCUUCACAUCGCUCUCCGCAACCCUCCCACGAGCGAGGGCGGCUGGGACAUUAAGGAGGAGGGCGUCAGUGAAGUCCACAGAGUCCUUGAGCACAUGAAGGUGUUCUCGGACCAGGUUCGCUCGGGCGAGUGGAAGGGUUACACCGGCAAGCCCAUCAAGCACAUCAUCAACAUUGGCAUUGGUGGCUCCGACCUCGGACCUGUCAUGGUGACCGAGGCCCUCAAGCACUACAGCCAGCGCAACCUCACUCUUCAUUUCGUUUCCAACAUCGACGGCACCGACAUUGCUGAGGUGCUGCGCGCCUGUGACCCCGAGACGUCACUCUUCAUCGUCGCCUCCAAGACGUUUACCACCCAGGAGACGAUCACCAACGCAGAGACGGCCAAGGAGUGGUUCCUUCAGACGGCCAAGGACCAGUCGCACGUUGCCAAGCACUUCGUCGCCCUCUCCACCAACACUGAGGGCGUCACCAAGUUCGGCAUUUCUGAGUCCAACAUGUUCCAGUUCUGGGACUGGGUGGGUGGACGCUACUCCCUCUGGUCGGCUAUUGGCCUUUCGAUUGCAAUCAGCAUCGGUUUCGACAACUUCAAGGAGCUUCUUGCUGGCGCUCAUGCCAUGGACGAGCACUUUGCCAGUGCCAAGCUGGAGGAGAACCUGCCCGUCAUCCUCGCGCUCCUCGGCAUUUGGUACAACGACUUCUACGGGGCUCAGACUCAGGCGCUCCUGCCCUACGACCAGUAUCUCCACAAGUUCGCAGACUACUUCCAGCAGGGUGACAUGGAGUCGAAUGGCAAGAGCAUUACCAAGGACGGAUCGCGCGUCAACUACCAGACUGGGCCCAUUAUCUGGGGUCAGAGCGGCACCAAUGGCCAGCAUGCCUUUUACCAGCUCAUUCACCAGGGCACCAAGCUCAUCCCUUGCGACUUCCUUGCCCCCGCGCAGACCCUCAACCCCAUUGCCGGCGGCAAGCACCACGAGAUUCUACUCUCCAACUUCUUCGCACAGCCCGAGGCGCUGGCCUUCGGCAAGACCGAGGCCCAAGUCAUUCAGGAGCUAGGCGCCGAGAAGUCGAAGAACGAGGCUCUUGUGAAGUCGAAGAUCUUUGAGGGAAACAAGCCCACCAACUCCAUCAUGUUCGAGAAACUUACCCCGGGCACUCUGGGCGCUCUCAUUGCUCUCUACGAGCACAAGAUCCACGUCCAGGGUGCGAUCUGGGGCAUCAACUCGUACGACCAGAUGGGUGUAGAGCUCGGCAAGGUGCUAGCCAAGGCUAUUCUCAAGCAGCUUGGCAAGGAGAGCGAUGUCUCUGGACACGACAGCUCGACUACGGGUCUUAUCCACUGGUACCAGCAGCAUCGCCAGUAA